AGCUGGGGCACUUCACCAUGAGGCUGCAAAUGAAACAGAUGUGCUUGCUGUGAAUUUCUCUAGUGUCUGGAGUUUUUGUACUGAAGGUGACAACACCUUCCUUCCUGGGAUUUUUUUUCCUUCUUUUAUUUUUCACAAACUUUCUAUAAAGGGAAUGAAAUGGAGAAGUUGAAGGAAUAUGUAUCAGUGAAAGAAGAUCACUUUUAUCAUCAGGGAGCUGUGGAGCUGCUAAUCUUUAACUUUCUACUCAUUCUUACAAUAUUAACAAUUUGGUUGUUUAAAAACCAUCAAUUCCGCUUUCUGCAUGAAACCGGAGGAGCUAUGCUUUAUGGCCUUGUAAUGGGAUUAAUUAUACGAUAUGUGACAAAUUCAUCAGAUGUUGAAAGUGGUACUGUUUAUGAAUGUGAAAAACUGAAAUCUGGGCCAUCCACUCUGCUUAUUAAUAUAACUAAUCAGGUCUAUGAAUAUCAAUACAAAAGAGAGAUCAGCCACCACAAUGUCAAUGGUCACCAGGGCAACACAAUACUUCAAAAGCAGAUGACCUUUGAUCCUUCCAUCUUCUUCAACAUUCUGCUGCCACCCAUUAUAUUUCAUGCUGGAUAUAGUUUGAAGAAGAGACAUUUUUUCCGUAACUUAGGAUCAAUUUUAACCUACGCCUUUUUGGGAACUGCCAUCUCCUGCAUUGUCAUAGGGUUGAUAAUGUAUGGCUUUGUGAAGGCUAUGGUACACAUUGGCCAGUUAAAGCAAUGGGAAUUCCACUUCACUGACUGUUUAUUUUUUGGAUCGCUGAUGUCUGCCACAGAUCCAGUGACAGUCCUUGCUAUUUUCCAUGAGCUGAAUGUGGAUACAGAUUUGUACACACUCCUGUUUGGAGAGAGUGUCCUAAAUGAUGCUGUGGCUAUCGUGCUGACACACUCUAUAUCCAUUUACAGUCCCAAGGAGAAUCCUAAUGCUUUUGAUGCUGCAGCUUUCUUCCAGUCAGUGGGAAAUUUUCUGGGGAUCUUUGCUGGAUCAUUUGCCAUGGGAUCUUCUUAUGCUGUUGUCACAGCUUUAUUGACCAAAUUCACAAAGCUGUGUGAGUUUCCUAUGUUGGAGACAGGUCUGUUUUUCCUCCUAUCCUGGAGUGCCUUCUUAUCAGCAGAAGCUGCUGGGCUUACAGGUAUUGUUGCUGUCCUUUUCUGUGGAGUCACACAGGCCCAUUACACCUACAACAACCUGUCAGCAGAUUCCAAAAUGAGAACUAAACAGUUGUUCGAGUUCAUGAAUUUUUUGGCUGAGAAUGUCAUCUUCUGUUACAUGGGACUCGCACUAUUUACAUUUCAAAAUCACAUCUUCAAUCCUCUUUUCAUAUUUGGUGCUCUUGUGGCAGUUUUUGUAGCAAGAGCUUCCAACAUAUACCCACUUUCUUUCCUUUUGAAUUUGGGACGAAAACAAAAGAUUUCCAGGACCUUUCAGCACAUGAUGAUGUUUUCAGGUUUGCGGGGUGCGAUCGCGUUUGCGUUGGCCAUUCGCGACACGGACUCGCAGCCCAAGCAGAUGAUGUUCACCACAGCCCUGCUGGUGGUGUUCUUCACAGUCUGGGUGUGUGGGGGAGGCACCACACCAAUGCUCACCUGGCUGCAGAUCAGAGUUGGCGUAGAUCCAGAUGAAGAUCUGAGAGCUAGAGCUGCGAGCCAGAGUGCACCUAAUUUGGAUAAAAAUACAACCAAAGCUGAGAGUGCAUGGCUGUUCAGAAUAUGGUAUGGCUUUGACCACAAAUAUCUAAAGCCUCUCCUAACCCACGCCGGGCCGCCUCUCACAUCGACAUUGCCUGAAUGGUGCAACCCUGUGGCCAGGAUUCUGACCAGCCCCAGGGCAUAUGGGGACCAACUGAAGGAUGGAGACACAGUUUAUAUCAUCAAUAAUGAUGAAUUGACUGAAAACUAUGAAUCAUCUGCUCACAUAGCAGUGCCAGCACAGGACAGCACAGCCUCCCCCCAGGCUACAGGCAAGGAAGAUAUUCAGGAAGGAGACCUAGGAUUAGGAGGAUACAAACUCCAGCUUCAACACACUGCAGGUCAACCCCAGAAUUCAUUGGCAUGAGCAGUGUAAUGUUAAUCACAAGAAAGAAGAUCAAAACAAUGAAACAAGAGAUCCUGUUAUGUAAACAAGUCAGAAAAAAGUGUACUAAGCAGAAAAAUCAAAAAAAAUUUAGAUUUCAGCAACUAACUGCCUGCUCCUCCCAGGAAAGGAGUUUGCUAUCAUAUCCAUAUAUUUACAACCAUAUGCAGGUUUUAUGACUGUAUCAGUUUUUAGGAUAAAGGCAUCGGGCAGUACCAGCCCACUGUAAAUCCAUUGCAGUAAUGUUUUGUCUCAGCACUUGGCUCUAUCUGCCACUCACAUGUACACAGGCCUUGGAAUAUUGCUUGGAGUCUUCAGUAAGCUGGAAUGGAAAGAAGCAGCUUCCUAACAUUCAUGCUCACAUGAUGACAGCUCUUUUCUACAGCUGGUCCUGACAAGAUCCACACAUAACUACUCAGUAGCUAUUACAUUUAUAAGGAAAAAGCAGAAGAUUCCUUGUCCAAGGAGUGUGUGAUGUGAAAAUGCUUAAAACAUGCUUUGCAGCACCUCAGUCUUCAUAGAUAAAGCCUCAUGCCCAUGGUAUAGACUUGUCCUGACAUCCAGCCAAAUAUUUUCUUUCUAAAUGCACCUUAUAGCCUGGUCCACAGAGGGUUUCUCUAUGCUGCCACAAACUGAACACUGAUAGUAGGAGACAUGGAGGUGUAUGAAAUCAGCAACAAACACCCUUCAAGGCAGCACUGAAUCGGCACAACCACUGUUUAAAGCCAGUAGUAAUUCCAAAAGGCAUUUGUCCUUACAGCUUGGCAACAUGCAAAGCUUAAAUGGGGGAAAAGGGUUUUUUGUUUUGAAAGAUAAUUCUAAACAUACACUUUGAUUUAAGAACCAAAAUGUUUCUGGUUUUUACUGUUUAAGGAGAGUUGUUUCUAAUCAAAUAUUUCUGCAAAACAAUUUUAUCUUCA